UGCAUCCACCCACUGAGAGCAUCACUAUAAAGGCCUGCUGCAGUCCCUGCUUCAGUGCCUUUGACUUCAGUGCCUUUUCAGCUAGCCUGGAUAAAGUGAACAGCUCAUUAUGACAGUGGUGUUUCUUUCUCUGUAUGUAUGCUUGGCUCUAGCUUUGAGCAACGCAGCUCCAGCCCACCAUGAUGCCAUGAUAAAAGAUGCCCCUGAGAGACAUUUAGAUCCUAAAGGAGAGGACCACCAUGAUGCAAAACUUGACCGGUGUAAAGGCAUUGAGUUUGAUGCCAUCACUCCCGAUGAAAAAGGAAACACUUUCUUUUUCAAAGGUGACCAUUUAUGGAAAGGUUUCUCGGGAUCAGCUGAGAUCUCAAGCAGCAUAUUCAAAGAACUGGAUGACUAUCAUCACCUGGGUCAUGUUGAUGCAGCCUUCCGCAUGCACCAUCAAGAUGAUGCCAAUGUUCAUGACCACAUCUACUUUUUUCUGGAUGACAAAGUCUUUAGCUUUUACAACUACACCCUUGAGAAUGGCUACCCUGUAGAGAUACAGCAGGAGUUUCCUGGUAUCCCCAGCCACUUAGAUGCUGCUGUUGAGUGUCCCAAAGGAGAGUGCAUUACUGAUUCAGUGCUGUUCUUCAAAGGUUAUUGA